AUGGCCUACGACCGGGAUGCGGGCCAGGACAUGGCCCUCGAGCUGCAGGACGGCUAUGUCUGCUUCGGCCAGAGCUUCGGAGCUGACAAGAGCAUUGCGGGAGAGCUCGUCUUCCAGACCGGCAUGGUGGGCUAUCCGGAGUCCAUCACUGACCCCUCGUACCGCGGCCAGAUCCUCGUCAUAACCUUCCCGCUGGUGGGCAACUACGGUGUGCCCUCGCGAGACGAGAUGGACAGCCUGCUCAAGGACCUGCCCGCCUACUUCGAGGCGCGCGAAAUCCACAUUGCAGGUUUGGUCGUGGCCACAUAUGCCGGAGAGGAAUACUCACACCACCUCGCGACUUCCUCACUGGGGGCCUGGCUGAAAGAGCAAGGUGUGCCUGCUAUUACGGGCGUGGACACGCGAGCACUCACCAAGCGCAUCCGCGACGAGGGAAGCAUGCUUGGUCGCCUCCUGCAGAGGACUCAGCCAUCGCCCAUAUCGACGGCCCUGACCAACGGCACAGUCAACACUCAGGCGCUUGCGGACGGAGUUGACGAGGUCGACUGGAGCGCCGACUUCGCAAAGGUUGAAUGGCUAGAUCCUAAUAAGAAGAACCUGGUUGCAGAAGUGUCAACCAGCAAACCCAAACUCUACUCUCCCGAACCUUCCACCGCCCUUAAACAUCCCUCGGGACGCCCUGUUCGUGUAGUCUGCGUUGAUAUUGGUUUGAAGUACAAUCAGCUUCGAUGCCUUCUGAAGAGAGGCGUCGAGGUGGAGGUCGUGCCAUGGGACUACGACUUCCCCAAGCUUGCAGGCAAGGAGUACGAUGGACUGUUUCUUUCCAACGGCCCGGGUGACCCAGCUAUGAUGAAGGACACAAUCGAGCACAUCAAGACUGCGAUGGCAGAAGCCAGAACACCCAUCUUCGGUAUUUGCUUGGGUCACCAACUCCUUGCCAGAGCUGCCGGCGCCGAGACGGUUAAGAUGAAGUUCGGCAACCGUGGACACAACAUUCCUUGCACCAGCAUGCUGUCCGGUCGAUGCCACAUCACAUCGCAGAACCACGGUUACGCAGUCGAUUCUAAGACCCUUCCCAAUGGCUGGGAAGAGCUGUUCGUCAACGCAAACGAUGGCAGCAACGAGGGUAUCCGGCACACCUCGAAGCCCUACUUCAGUGUCCAAUUCCACCCGGAGCACACCCCUGGUCCGCGGGAUACCGAGUACCUCUUUGAUGUCUUCAUCAGCACCAUCCAGAAGUCUAUCGCCGACCCUGCUGUACUCUCGCGACCUGUCGAGUUCCCCGGUGGCACUGCUGAGGAGAACCGGCGCUUGUCUCCCCGUGUAAACGUCAAGAAAGUGCUUGUCCUCGGCAGUGGUGGCCUCAGUAUCGGCCAGGCUGGAGAGUUUGACUACUCGGGAAGCCAGUGUAUCAAGGCUCUGAAGGAGGAAGGAAUCUACACCAUCUUGAUCAACCCCAACAUCGCCACCAUUCAGACCUCAAAGGGGUUGGCCGACAAGGUUUACUUCCUGCCAGUCACCGCCGACUUCGUACGCAAGGUCAUUCAGAAGGAACAACCAGAUGGUAUCUACGUCACUUUCGGUGGCCAGACCGCCCUUCAAGUCGGUAUCCAGCUCAAGGACGAGUUUGAGGGUCUCGGCGUGAAGGUUCUCGGUACACCCAUCGACACCAUCAUCACCACUGAAGAUCGUGAGCUUUUCGCUCGCAGCAUGGAGUCCAUUGGUGAGAAAUGUGCCAAGUCAGCUUCCGCAAGCUCUGUCGACGAGGCCAUGGAAGUUGUCAAGGACAUUGGCUUCCCUGUCAUUGUCCGAGCAGCCUAUGCUCUGGGUGGACUCGGCAGCGGUUUCGCGAACAACGAGCAAGAGCUCCUCGACCUCUGCAAGGUCGCAUUCGCAGCAAGUCCUCAAGUCCUGAUCGAGCGCAGUAUGAAGGGGUGGAAAGAGGUCGAAUAUGAAGUGGUCCGUGAUGCUCGCGACAACUGUAUCACCGUCUGUAACAUGGAGAACUUUGAUCCAUUGGGCAUCCACACCGGAGACUCCAUUGUUGUGGCGCCAUCACAGACACUCUCGGAUGAAGACUACAACAUGCUCCGAACAACCGCGGUCAACGUCAUCCGCCAUCUCGGAGUCGUCGGAGAGUGCAACAUCCAAUAUGCUCUGAACCCAUUCUCACGCGAGUACUGCAUCAUCGAGGUGAAUGCUCGUCUGUCCCGCUCUUCUGCGCUCGCUUCCAAGGCCACCGGUUACCCACUGGCAUUCGUUGCAGCCAAGCUGGGCUUGAACAUCCCGCUUAAUGAGGUUCAAAACUCGGUCACCAAGUCUACAUGCGCUUGUUUCGAGCCAUCGCUCGACUAUGUCGUGGUCAAGAUCCCACGAUGGGACCUGAAGAAGUUCAUGCGCGUCUCUACACUCCUUGGAUCCUCCAUGAAGAGUGUGGGCGAGGUCAUGAGCAUCGGUCGAACCUUCGAAGAAGCGAUUCAGAAAGCUAUUCGUUCCAUCGACCCACAUAAUCUCGGCUUCAACGAGACUGCUGCCUUGAUGGGCAUCGACCAGGAGCUCCAGACUCCCUCCGAUCAGCGUCUGUUCGCCAUCGCCAACGCGAUGAAGGCUGGCUACACCGUCGACAAGAUCUGGGAAAUGACCAACAUCGACAAGUGGUUCCUGAGCCGCCUCAAGGGCCUGAGCAACUUUGAGAAGCUCAUGUCUGGCUACAACACAUCCAGCAUCACCAAGCCCCUCAUCCGACGUGCCAAAGAACUGGGUUAUUCUGAUCGCCAAUUGGCCAAGUUCUGGGAGACCAAUGAGCUGGCUGUGCGCCGCACCCGAGUCGAUGCUGGCAUCGUCCCCGUUGUCAAGCAGAUCGACACUGUGGCUGCUGAGUUCCCGGCCCAUACGAACUAUCUUUAUUUGACGUACAACGGCACUGAGAGCGACAUUAAGUUCAACGACCAGGGUGUUAUGGUGCUGGGAUCCGGCGUAUAUCGCAUUGGGUCUUCGGUCGAGUUCGAUUGGUGCUCUGUCAGAGCGAUCCGCACUCUUCGCGAACAAGGAUACAAGACUGUAAUGGUCAAUUAUAACCCGGAAACCGUCUCCACUGAUUACGACGAAGCUGAUCGUCUCUACUUUGAGAACAUCUCGCUCGAGACGGUCUUGGAUAUCUACACGAUGGAGAACUCCAGCGGUGUCAUUAUCUCCAUGGGCGGUCAAACCCCGAACAACAUUGCCCUGCCUCUGCACCGUCUGAACGUCAAGAUUCUUGGAACGUCUCCCGAAAUGAUUGACACCGCCGAGAACCGCUACAAGUUCUCUCGUAUGCUUGACCGCAUCAACGUCGACCAGCCGGCUUGGAAAGAGCUUACAAGCAUUGAGGAGGCCACCGAGUUCUGCGACAAGGUGUCAUACCCAGUGCUUGUCCGACCAUCAUACGUUCUGUCUGGAGCAGCGAUGAACACUGUGUACUCCAGGGAUGGACUCGCCCAAUUCUUGCAGCAGGCAGCCGAGGUUUCUCGUGAUCACCCAGUCGUGAUCACCAAGUAUAUUGAGAAUGCCAAGGAGAUUGAAAUGGACGCUGUUGCUCUGAACGGUACCAUGGUCGGGCACUUCAUCUCUGAGCACGUUGAGAAUGCUGGUGUUCACUCCGGAGAUGCUACGCUCAUCCUACCUCCGCAGGAUCUUGACCCGGUCACCGUAAAGCAGAUCGAGGAGGCAACCAGGAAGAUCGGAAGCGCACUCAACAUCACCGGACCUUACAACAUCCAGUUCAUCGCAAAGGACAAUGAGAUCAAGGUCAUCGAGUGCAAUGUCCGAGCAUCGCGCUCCUUCCCCUUCGUCUCCAAGGUUAUGGGUGUGGAUCUCAUCGAGAUGGCUACUAAGGCGAUGGCCGGCCUACCUGUUACCGCGUAUCCGCCGGUCAAUAUUCCAAAAGACUACGUCGGCGUGAAAGUGCCUCAGUUCUCUUUCUCCCGUCUGUCCGGAGCCGACCCUGUUCUUGGUGUUGAGAUGGCCUCCACUGGUGAGGUUGCCUGCUUUGGCCGUACCAAGUACGAGGCCUACAUCAAGGGACUCAUUGCGACCGGAUUCAGGUUGCCGAACAAGAACAUCCUGUUGUCUAUUGGAUCGUUCAAGGACAAGCUGGAAAUGCUGCCCUCGAUCGAGAACCUGCACAAGAUGGGCUUCAACCUUUUCGCUACUGCCGGAACCGCUGAUUACAUUCAAGAGCACGGCAUCCCCGUCAAGUUCUUGGAAGUGCUUCCCAGCAACGAAGACCAGCAGAAGCCAGAGUACUCGCUUACUCGCAUGUUGUCAAACAACUUGAUCGACUUGUACAUCAACCUUCCGUCGAACAACCGUUACAGGCGACCGGCCAACUACAUGAGUCGCGGAUACCAGACCCGUCGCAUGGCAGUCGACUACCAGACACCCUUGGUGACGAACGUAAAGAACGCGAAGAUCCUCAUUGAAGGUAUCGCGCGCCACUACGAUAUGGAAAUCAGCAACGUCGACUUCCAGGACUUCUCUCAAGUCCGUUCAGGCCACGAGGACCACUCCUUGCAGCUCAGCCGCAUGAACCAGUCGCUGUCCCUUCAGCAGCUGCUUGCACGGUCGCCUUUCAAGGGAAAGCACAUCACUUCCGUCAAGCAACUCAGCCGUGCAGACCUCCAUCUCCUCUUCACCAUCGCCUCGGAAAUGCGACUUGGGGCCCAAAAGUAUGGAUGUCUCGAUGUGCUGAAGGGCCGUGUCCUGUGCACCAUGUUCUUCGAGCCGUCGACGCGCACGUCGUCAUCGUUCGACGCUGCCAUGAAGCGCCUGGGUGGAGAAGUUGUUAUCAUCAAUGAGACAGUAUCUUCCACACAAAAGGGCGAGUCCAUUGCCGACAGCAUCCGCACUCUUGGUUGCUACGGUGAUGCAAUUGUCCUCCGUCACCCGCAAGAGGAGGCCAUCGAAAUUGCGACUAAGUUCUCCGAGGUUCCCAUCAUCAACGCCGGCAACGGAAGCCGCGAGCACCCAACCCAGGCCAUUCUGGAUAUCUUCACCAUCCGUGAAGAAUUGGGAACUGUCAACGGCUUGAACAUCACCUUCGUCGGCGACCUCAAGUACGGCCGUACAGUACACUCUCUCUGCGAGCUCCUCUCCCACUACGACGUCACCAUCAACCUCGUUUCCCCCGCGGAGCUCCCAAUGCCCAACUCCGUACGCGACGCACUCAAGUCCCGCGGCCAGCUUUCGACCAUCUCCAACGAGCUCACUCCCGAGAUCGUCGCCAAGUCAGACGUUCUGUACUGCACACGCGUGCAGAAAGAACGCUUCGCCGACCUCGCCAGCUACGAGCGCACAAAGGACGCGUUCGUCAUCGACAACAAGGUGCUCAAGGCGGCGAAGGACCACAUGAUCGUCAUGCACCCUCUGCCAAGGAACAACGAGAUCCACGAAGAGGUGGACUUUGACCCGCGGGCGGCGUAUUUCAGACAGAUGAGGUACGGAUUGUACACUCGCAUGGCGCUGCUCGCUAUGGUCAUGGCUGCGUAG